CUUUAGGGAGCUUCCCUCUUGGGUGGGGGCACCAGGCAGGGGGGCCACCAGCGCUGCGCAGGGAGGCCAGCCGAGGGGGGGAGCAGCCGCGAGAAGUGGGUGGAGCUGGGGUGCGGGUGGGGAGGACCGCCCCGGGUUUUGCUGGGGCUGACAUCCGCGAAAGGGCCCGCCCUGGGAGGGAUGGGGGUGUCCCCAUUGGUUGGCCCAGGGAAUAACACCCGGUGCAGCUGAGGCGUUUGCAGAGCUGCUCGGGGAGAAGGCGGGGCUCUCCGCGAUGAUGAAACAGGCGGCCUUUGCUGUAGUGGGAGGAGUCGCGGCGGUGGCGGCGGUGCCGGUGGCCCUGGGCGCCGCGGGCUUCACCGGGGCCGGAAUCGCCGCCUCCUCGCUGGCGGCCAAGAUGAUGUCCGCGGCCGCUGUCGCCAACGGGGGUGGAGUCGCCGCCGGCAGCCUGGUGGCUACGCUGCAGUCCGUGGGGGCAGCUGGGCUCUGCACGUCAACCAAAGUCCUCCUGGCCUCUCUUGGGUCAGGUUUAGGAGCCUACCUUGGAAAACCAAAAAAGGAAUCUUCCUCUCCCCCAGAAGAACCCAGGGCUGAAGGGGAACAGCAAGAAGAAACUGAAUCCCAAGCUGAACCUCCAAACCCCCCAGUCGGGUCAGAGAAGCAUGAGAAAUAAAGAUCAUGCACAGGGACA